AUGACGGCAAUGGCAGUCGCUUUUGCGCCAGCCAGAGGACUUUUCAGCAGCUUGCAGCCAGCCACCAGCCUCUUUGAGAGCCGGUAUGCAAAGAGUGACAGUGAAGAACAAGAAACCACGAAAGAGGACAAUUCUGCUCUCCUCAAGUUUCAGCUGAAAUAUGAAACCGAUCUCCUUUUCACCAGGAGUUCCAGCCAGAACUAUUAUGAGAUCGAACCCAACAAUUCUCUGCAGACAUACGAUAGAAUCGGCCCACCAUUUAACUGCACUUUUAAGCUACAGAAUCUGGGCCUCUUCCCUGUUGAUGGGAUAGUUAUCAAAAUCACAGUCCCCGUGGCCACACGAGGAGGGAAUCGCCUGCUGCACUUAACAGGCUUCCAUGGACCAGAGAAUGGUAUGAUGUGCAAUAUUGGAGGCAAUAAUACAGACUAUCGAAUGACACCCUCAGAUGAGGAUUUAGGCCGUCAUCCCCAGCUGAACUACAGUAAUUCUGACGUGAUUUCAAUCGACUGCAGUGUGAAUCUGGCUGCCAAUCAAGAAGUCAGCUUUCUCUUAUAUGGAAAUUUGUGGAUGAGGACCCUAGGAGUGCUGAAAUUCAAGACGCUGAGAUGCAUCUUCAAUGCUGCCUUGCAGAGAGGGUUUCGUAGUGCCUUUGUCUUCAGAGAGGAGGAUCCUAGUCGCCAGAUUGCAUUUGAGAUCUCCAAAGUCGAAGAGCCCCACAUCCCCAUCUGGAUCAUAAUCGGGAGCACCUUAGGUGGUUUCCUGCUGCUGGCACUCCUCGUGCUGGCACUCUGGAAGCUUGGCUUUUUCCAAAGCGCCACCCGCAAGAGAGAUGCAAGCCAGGAUCAGACCGCCAAAGAUUUGGACUAAGGUUUCCAUGGUCUUGAGCAUCUUGGCUUUUUUCUCACAACCAAGUUUACUUUGCUGCCUCGCCAGCCUCCAUUUGCCUUGAUCAGUUUCCCUGUUAGCUGAAAGCAACCCAGCUGCUAUGUACUAUCCUGCAAAGAAGCCUCCACCAGCAAGGACUUAAACUGGUUUUGUUUCCUUCUGCCUAAGACACUGGAACUAUGCAAUAAGGACAGGGAGAGAGCAGAUCCCCAAGGAGCAGCCUUCUCUUUAACAUGACCUACUUGCCAGAAGACUCUUAGGAAGAGCCUCUCAUCCUUUACAUGUCUACGGCACAUGCAAGAUUCUUUGGGAGGAUACACUUCUCAGUCUGCAUUUUCAUUGAGGAAACUUUGUUCCUAGAAUAAAAAGAAGUGGAAAGUCUAGAAGAUUCACACAGAUACUUGAGCUUUCACAUUCCUUCAUUCAAGCUGCCAAGGGCAAACAAACCAGACAGAAGCAUCUACAGUGCAUUUCCUUGAAAACAAAUCACCUUGCUAGCAUAAAAUGGUGUUUUAUUCCAGAUUACUUCAGGACUCACAAAUCUUGCCAGACAAAAGUUGCUUUCAAAUCAGAUCUGCACACCUGCUGUGCGCAAAUUGGGAUCACUAGAACUAAGCGGAAAUUCAUUUGAAGACGGGCACAAGUAGCAGAAUUUUACUGUCAGGUAUCUGAAGAGCAAAGAAAAUGGACAGAGUCGAUCAGUAAUCAUGUUACCAGCCAGAUUAUAUUUGCAAGUGUACCAAUAAAGCCAGGCACUCGGUGGUUCUGAAGGCCCAGGCCGAUGAUCCAAUGAGGUGGCUUCUGCAUACAGGAUUUUUUCAUUCUCAAAGCAAGGAGUGCAGAAGUGCUCAUAAAGAGAACCCACUAAACAACCUACCAGCUUUUCUUUUAAGUUCUUGUGUGGAAAUUGUCUUUUUAUAUGCACUGAACAAAUACCCCCAUUACAAGCACCUUAAUGCAAAUCUCCAAUCCUCAGCUGUAUAUACUUAUUUAGAAAAUGUUUAACUUUCUUAUUUUUAAGGUGACUUUAAGAAAACCAGUUUGAAGAAUAUUCCCCAAGUUGUUCAAUUUCCAAAAUCAACGAGUAAGGAAAAUUGUAGUAUAUGUAUAUACUUCUGUAUAUUGGAAAGGGUUUAAUUGACUAUUUUUCUUCUUUUGCAUAUACUUAUUUAUGGCAGUGUUAAUAUUGAUAAGUGAAAAUGAGAUAUUGGUUCAGCUGAAUUCAGUAACAAUUGUACCACUAGGUUUUUUUUAAAGAAUAGGGCAAAAGAUUAAACAGUUUUAAAAUACAUUCAAAUAUUCUCCUUUGCCUACAGCCAGUUUUAAUGCAGUACAAAUAUAACUUUCCCAUUGGCUGAAUAUUACACACUCAGCUCUGACAUUCAGUGGAAGAAUCUGGUUACUCAAGAAGUUAACAGUUGUGAGAGGCUGUAGCUGAGCAACCUGAAGCGCUCAAAAGCCACAGGUUUCUUGGUACCUUGGCUAGAAUUGCCACCAGACAUCGUCCUUAAUGUGAAAGAAAAGAGGGGGCUAUUAUGUGAUGGGAAAUUGUCCUAUUAAUUGCAAUGAAUAUCACAUUUAAUUCAAACAUUAGUUUUCUGUCCACUUUUGGACUUGAGGCCUAAAAAACCCAAGUGGACCUUUGACUGACCCUCUCAAAAAUCUAUUCACACAUACCAGGACAUUUUAGUGAUAAAGUGAAACUGUUGCUUUCACAGAUGGUGUAGAGGCAGGCAAGAAGUCUCUUUAGAAGAAGCAAAAUGGACUCUUAAGAUCAACUGUUGUGAUUUUAUUUUUUUAAUUUGCUUUGCGAAGGAGGUGAGAGUUUUUCUUUUUCAAGACAACUUAGAAAUAUUUCAAAUAAAUUCCAUUUGGAUAGAUAUUCUGCCUACAUUCUGGAUUAUAUAUCUGAAUACUGUUUAUGUCUGCCAUGCUGUUUCUCAUUCUUCAGCCCGGUAUGUUUUUGCUCCUUUGAUUGUUGGAAUAUUUUAAGCCUGAAUAAGCAACUGCCUUAAAAGCCUAAGGUGGCUAAUACCUCAUUUUAUACCAAAAUUCCAGUCCUUACCUUAGGAUGGAUCUUGAGAGAAUGGAACCCUGGGCCCUAUCUAACAAAAUGAAAUUCAAUGUAGAGAAAAGUUAAAAUUUUACACUUA